AAAGGGGCCAAACAGGACCCAGCUUCCUUAUCUGGCCCCCACUGGCCUCGGCGAUUUAUCUUGACUGUCACGCAUUUCUUCAUGGCGCCGGUGCCGUGCCCCCCUAUACGCCAACAGCCACCUACUUCAUCCAUCCAAGGGGGCGCAUGGUUGGCUCACUCGGACCCGGCCCAAAGGCGGAAUAAGUAACAACGAAAGACGACCCCAAGACCCCAAGACCCCAGAAGGAUCUCCAUCCAUCCCGCUCGUGAUAGGCAGGCGGGCUUUGGAAGAGGAGGGUGGCUGCCUUUUAUCUCCUCACGUCUCCCUCCUUCUAAUCAGCACCACCACACCACCCUGUUGCUCGGUGUAGCAGCAAUGGAUUUGUGGCCCGCCCCUUCUGCACCGCCGAGACGUCGUCCCAUCCGCUAUCUGCUAGUCUCGCGUACGAAUAUAUGCACGAGGCACCCUUUAUGCAGUCGCUUCGACUCUAGAGGAGCUAUAGGGGCCAUGUCCGCCAUCUGAACUCUCUUUUCUCUCCCCCGCCGCCCCGCCCGUGCCCAUUGCUUCCACCAGGACCCGCGUGCGCACUCUUCAGCACAGUCGAUGGGACCAACGUUGGGGCAGAAGAAAGCGAGGCAUUUUGCUCCGACUGAGCCCAGCACCCCGCGCUCGCUCUCUCGCUAGGCUCGUGUGAGCAAUGGCUUAUAGCUGGAAAUCUGGAUAGAUAUUGAGGCCACGGCUACUACCUCGCAGGUGGAAGCAAGCAAGAAGAAUAAGAAAAGAAGGGGGCGGUCCGGAACCCCCUCUUUUAGCCUAAUCUCUCGCACGGGGCAUCUGGACCUCGCUGGGUCGGCCCGGUCCCCUCACUAGGACAGCACGGACAGCAGACCAUGUGGUGGGACGUGUCCCGGAUCCAGACUACUGUCACCAGGCAGUUUGUCUGCUCGCACCUCGGCCCCGAGGACGCCGACCGGCUCGACCGGCCCGUGGGGUUCGGGGGCGGCCUGACGGACGGCACGUACUGGGAAUGGAUCGACGGCAAGGCCAAGCGCAUCUUCCUCGUGCUGCUGGACCUCGGCAGCCCCGAGCACAUCUUCUCCGUCAUCGACGACUCGUGGGACGACAGCGACCUGCCCAUCGCGCUGGACCAGGUCCGGCGCCUGGGCCUGGCCGGGCCGGCGAGGGACGAGCGCAGGUUCUACAGCCGGCAGUUCCACUACCUCGUCAGGCCGCUGCGCAGGGGAGAGCACGUGGUGUACUCGGAGUCCGAGGUCGUGCCAAUAGACGUCGCCGACGGCGGUAGUGGCGGUAGUGGCGGUAGUGGCGGGCAGGCGGCGGCGGACAGGGUGGCGCUGCCGGGGUUCCCCGACCACGUCUUCUGCCGCCGGCGCAUCCCCAUCGGGUCCGGGCCGGGCUGCCUGGCGCACGAGGACUUCCAGGCCGAGGCCGACCGGGUGCGCGGGCUCUGCAGCGGCCACCUCGUGUCGUAUUUUGCCUCGUACGUGCACCGCGGCUGGGGCUACGUGCUCCUCACACCCGCGAACGACGCGACCCUCAAGGCCGUGCUGGCCGGUACGACGCCGCCGUCGCUCAAGGCGCUGGACAAGACCGCGCGGCGCGAGCUGGUGAUGAACUGGAUCCACUGCCUCGUCGACACGCUCUGCUACAUCCACAGCCGCGGCCUGUCGCACGGCAGCGUCAGGCCGUCCAGGGUGCUGCUCGGGAGCGGCAACCACAUCUCCUUCUCGGACCUCACUAGGUUCGAUCCCGAGCUACUGGCCUCAGGGGCGUCGGGGGAUCAGGUCCGUGGCGGCUUCGACAAGGAAGCGUACGACUACGCCGCGCCCGAGCAGUGGUUCCGCCCCAGCUCGUCGCUUGGGGCGGGCGGCGCGACUGUGCGCAAGGGCACGCUGACCUCGACCACGAGUUCCGGCUCCGGCUCCAGCUCCAGCUCUGGCGUGGCCGAUGCCUUCAACGCCCCCGAGUCCUUUUCCAUUAGCCGCAGCUGGCCACAAGGCAGUAGUAGUAGCAGCAGCCCGACGCAGCAGGCGCCGACGCCGCACCUCGACCCACAGGCGGCCGACGUCUUCUCGCUCGGGUGCGUCAUCCUCGAGCUGCUCGGGUUCCUGCUCAAGCGGCCCUCGCGCGCCUUCGCGGCGCACCGGGCGGCCAAGCACAAGCUGGCCGGGCGCGGCGGCGCCGUGCUCGACUCGUCCUUCCACCGCAACCUGGGCCAGGUCGAGACGUGGAUGACGGCGCUGGGCCGCGAGGCGGCGCGCGGCAGGGACUCGCAUGUGCUCCGCGGCGUCGCCCCUCUGCUGCGCGUCGUCGAGCGCAUGCUGGCCCCGCACCCGGCCGACCGCCCGCCCGUCCGCGACGUCCAGGCCCGCACAUAUUGCGUCCUGACAGAGGCCUGCGGCAUCCGCGAGCCGCACUGCGUCCACGCGCCCUACAGAGCCUAUAGCAUCGGCGGCGGGCUCAAGAUGGGCGUCGUGGGGACGGGAGGCGGCGGCGACGGAGGCGACGCGGGCGAUGCCGUGUCCAUCGUUAUACCGAAGCGCAACAGCGGCAGCGGCAGGCUGUCUUCGUCCAGGAGCCCCGAAGGCCUGUGGGAUGGACAGCAGCAGCAGCAGCAGCAGCAGCAGCAGCAGCAAGAGGCGUCCUGGGCGGCGUCGCCGCCGGCAUCGCAGCCGCUGGGGCUGGCGGGCGGGCUGCUGGCGAUCCGAAACUUGCAAAUCAGAGACAAGGUGAGGUCACGGUCCACCUGGCAGGCCCCUCCUCCGUUUGCAGGUAUGGCCGUGGCCCCUGUGCCCGUUUCUCAUGGCUCGUGCUCAGGCUAG